GAUUGGAGCCUGAUGAGUUCCACCAUGACACCUUCCAUGCAGUUUCCCAUGGGCCCUGCCUGCAUCUUCCUAAGAAAAGGCAUCGCGGAGAAACAGCGGGAAAGACCACUGGGACCAGAUGAGAUUGAAGAGCUUCGGGAAGCAUUUCUUGAGUUUGACAAGGACCGAGAUGGGUUCAUCUCUUGUAAGGACUUGGGGAAUCUCAUGAGGACAAUGGGUUACAUGCCCACGGAGAUGGAACUGAUUGAACUGGGCCAGCAAAUCCGGAUGAACUUGGGUGGCCGUGUAGACUUUGAUGACUUUGUGGAGCUGAUGACCCCCAAAUUGCUUGCAGAAACGGCUGGGAUGAUUGGUGUCCAGGAGAUGCGAGAUGCCUUCAAGGAAUUUGAUGCCAACGGCGAUGGGGCGAUCACGCUGGGGGAGCUGCAGCAGGCCAUGCAGAGGCUCCUGGGGGACAAGCUGACGUCCCAGGAGAUCUCCGAGGUGGUCCAGGAGGCCGACGUUAAUGGAGACGGCACCGUCGACUUUGAAGAGUUUGUGAAGAUGAUGUCUCGCUGA